CCACUUUCACGUGGGUAUAACCAAUGAGAUGUCAUGUGGGUACCUGCGUCUAUAAACCAAUGAGGAGGAGAGGCAGGACUUGCAGCGUAAUCUGCAUCAGAAAUAGGAAUGAGUUAUAUUUUAUCCCUUGGCAACGCAGAUGCUCGUUGACACGCUCGAGCAGUGUGGGUGCAAUAAUUGAAUAACAUGGAUUCCGAAACUUAUUUUGCAAAGCUUGCGCACUCGACGCGUUAAUGGAGUUGGGACGUCCAAACCCGGACGGUGACAUCAGAAUAGGGACGCCCAAGGAUCCCGUUCCUAUCAACCAACCAGCCAUUGAGAAUCCAUUUUGUUCUGUUUUGACAAGAUGGGAUACAGUUUCAGAUUGGACUUUUUGCAGCAAGUUAGAAUUUACGCAGCAGGUUAGCAUAGUUAACGUAGCAGGUUAGGAGGAUUAAGGCUAGGGAAAGGCUUAGCUAAAAUGAAAAACAAAUCUACUUUUGAAGUUAAUUUGACAAAAGCUGUAACCUUCUAGCCAUGACAAUACUGUAUUUUGAUUCGUCUGAGGCGGUGUUAAAAUUUAAAGUGAAAGUUCACCCCUCGAAACGCUGACACAUCCAACCGAGACAGUUUACCGUGACAGCGUUUAACAAAGUAAAAGGGGUUGAAAAGUGAAGUGCAGUAGACUCUCUCCUUUCACCUGAGGGUUCUCCAGUUGUGGAUUCGUUCGCCCAGCUUGAUUGAAGAUGCUCCAUAAUUCUCGACCUCCCCAACCUCAAAGCGCUGGUUUUUCCUUUGAGAACACUCGCAGGAAUGCUGUGUUGGAGGGGAAUUUGUCGGAGCUUGGUUACAGUUCUCCUAAGGCAAGGAAGACUGGAACCACCAUCGCUGGCAUAGUAUUCAAGGAUGGGGUGAUACUUGCAGCUGAUACAAGAGCCACUGAUGACAUGGUGGUAGCUGACAAGAAUUGCAUGAAGAUCCACUACAUUGCACCCAACAUCUACUGUUGUGGCGCAGGUGUGGCUGCAGAUGCGGAAGUCACCACUCAGAUGAUGUCAUCCAAUGUGGAGCUGCACUCAGCACAGGACGUCCUCCCCUUGUUGUCACGGUUACCCGACAACUGAAACAGAUGCUCUUCAGCUAGAAGAGGCUAAAAAGCUGGUGCGGGAUGCCAUUGCUGCUGGGAUUUUCUGUGACUUAGGCUCUGGCAGUAAUGUGGACCUGUGUGUCAUCACUCAGGCAGGGGUUCAGUACCUUAGGGGCUAUGACCAACCAGCCCAGAAGGGGAAAGUGAGCCAUCCAAGUUUCUACUGGGCUACAACCAACACAAUUGUGAUUAUUACUUGAUUAUUCAUAAUGGGAAUUACAAUAUCUUCCUUUCUCUUUGCCCAUUUCCAAAGAAGGACAGUACAAGUACAAGCCUGGCACCACUGCAGUUUUAACAAAGACUGUCACACCCCUGCCUCUGGACAUUGUUGAUGAAUCAAUUCAGCUUAUGGACACUCAGUAAAAUCUAUGCUGCUACAGGUUUUAUCAAACCAACAUGAAUUCCAAAACUCAUUAGUAAAAAUGUCUACUUUGAUUCUAAAUCCUGACUGGUACUUACUACCAAAAUACAAUUCAUGCAUUUAGAUGUUUUUAUUCAACCUAUUAGCACAGGGCUGCCCAACCUUCUUCCUGGAGAUCUACAGUCCUGUGGGUUCAGUCUAACCCUAAUUUAAUUAGCUGCUCAACAAUACCUUAACUAGUUGAAUCAGAUAUGCUAAAUUAGGGUUGGACUGCACCUACAGUACAGUAGAUCUCCAGGAAGAGGGUUGGGCAGCCCUGUUUCUACCAGAACAUGCAUGCAAUAGUACAGCAGUCACUAUGAUAACCCCACACCUAAAUCUGUUGAUUUUUGUCUGUAUAAUUUUUUUUACUGUUACAAAGCUACUUUGUUAUAUUACUUGAGUAUGACAUACUACUGCUAGAUAUGCUGUUACUAGUGUAACAAAUAUUUUUAUGACCAACCGAUGCUUCACAUUUAUACAUCCGGUGAAAUAUCUGUGUCAUUGUUGUAUCUGUGACUGUACAUUAAUGCCAUGUUAAAUCACAUGCUCGAGCUGACUGACUUGUCCAAUAAACAUGCAGCUCAUUUCUCUAACACCACC